GUGAGGACUGGCCUAAAACCCUUGUCAAGUUGUGAAGCUUGGUAGCAAACUUGAAGGCGGCGCAUGCUCUCUCUCUUACUGUGACGUGAUUUAUGCGCACGAUCCCCCAAUUGAAAUGCUCUCGGAGAAAACCCGCUAAUUUAAUGAACUUCGAAGUCUCGCACGGCACAUCGGAUCGUGAUUUUGGUCAUGAUUCAUCCCGCCCAUACCACUAUUAGUUGCACUCUAAGCUUGCACCAGAACUGAGGAGAUGUCCCUCAUGCUGCGAUUUAUGAUGUGGAAUGCCCACUUCAUCACGCUCAUUGUUCCAAUUGUCUCGGCAAUAGAGGUCACAAUCCCUCUUACUGCACCUCCGGGGGCAGCAUCACUCAUGGGGAACCUCGUUUCGCUUUCAAUCGAGCAAGAUAGAUGGAUCGAUUGGGCAGGGACGACAGAACCGAAUGAAUUCUUUAACAACGUCCUUGAUAACUUUAUCCAGAUCACGAAUACUCCUUCCUUCGUGAGAAUAGGUGCUGACUCGGAGGACCACACUGAUUUCAGCUAUGAUGUCGAGUACGAAGAAGAUAUUUUCCCUCCUUCGAGCACAAUCAAGCCAUAUCCAGAAGCCACUAAUAUCACUGUUGGCCAAGGCUUCUAUGACAUCAUCUCUAAUCUUCCAAAUGGGACGCAAGUUCACUGGGGCGUGAACUUCAGGGAAUAUAACCUCACGGCAGUCUAUCUCGAAACUGUCGCGCUCAUGAACGCAUUUUCUUCUCCUGCCGUCCUAGAGAAAUACAUCACUCUGAAGUUCAUCGAAAUCGGCAACGAGGCUGAUCUCUACCACCACAAUGGCGGCCGUAACAGCAGCUGGAAUGUGCAAGAAUAUGUGUCUCAGUGGGAGGAAUUCGCAUAUAACGUAUCAACAACAGCCAACCUCUCCGAGUGUUCAUACACAAAAUUAAUUGGAGCCGCUUUCGCUGAGUCUUCUCACAACAAUCUCAGUGGUUUCUCUCCACAAGCUAUAUUUAAUCUGGGGAUCCUUGAAUCUCCUGCAGGUCAACUAAUCGACACCAUUUCGCAGCACCAUUACAGUGGCUCAUUCUGCACUGGUAGCGGAGCUGUGCUGCAGGAUUUAAUGACCAAGAGCAAUAUCCGUGGCAAUAUAUCCAUGUUUAGCCCUGAUAUUGAAGCAACCUUGGCCAACGGGCUGAACUACAUCCUCGGGGAGACAAACAGUAUGAGUUGCCACGGUGCACCUAAUGUCAGCAAUACAGCCGGAGCCGCCCUCUGGUUACUUGACUACACUUUGUAUGCCACACAAGUCGGUAUCAGUCGCCUACACUUCCACAACGGUGUCGGCUACAAGUACAAUUUGAUCCAGCCCACGACGCUUAACAACUCAAUCCUCGACGGCUCCCCGAUUGCCCCCCUGGCACCACACGUACAACCAGCAUACUACGCAGCCAUCAUCACCGCAGAGGCUAUAGGAUCAUCUGGGACCACGCAGGCAGUCGAAAUCCCCAUCGACGAGGAUAAUGUGUCGGGCUACGCAUUUUAUGAGCAUGGCAUCCUCUCGAAAGCCGUCUUCAUAAACUUGGACGCGUACCUUUCCGAUGCUGACGUAAGGAACUCGACUCACAUCGAUUUCUCUUUCAUGGGUCCUGGAAUUACUCCUGAUAGUAUGAGCGUGAAGACGCUGGAAAUUGGGUAUGCCUCCGAUUCCGCCAAUCUGACCUGGGGAGGUCAGACGUACGAGACUAGCGACGGUAGAGUUAGUGGGUCCCUAACUGUCGACGUCUUACCUAUCAGCUCUGGAGUAGACCUGCAAGAGACGGAAGCAAUCCUCGUUACUUUUAUUUGACAGGGAUGGUUUAACAUACAAACAAUAAUUCUAAU